UCCCUCAAUCAGAAACCCAGGGAGAAGAGAAAGGAAAACAAGGCAGUAUGUUCUGAGCUACUGCUUCUUUUUGCAGUCUUUGCACCUAACCUGCAGAGAGGGACGCUAAAUGCACUGUAAAGCCGACUGCUGGAGCACCUCAAGUACUUAGUUUUCUCCUGCUUUUGUUUGCGUUUUCUCUCCCUUGAAUUCAUUUUUUCUGGAAAGAGAUUACCAAGAAAUUUAUCUCUUUCCAGCCUUCAUGGCUUUACUGGACAGUGCACGUGGAUUACCUAAUGGCGGAGGUGGAGGUGGCAUCUGCACAGGGGGCAAACCCAUGGAUCCUUUGUUUCCAGAAAUAGUGGAACUAAAUGUCGGGGGACAGGUAUAUGUGACUAGACACACGACUCUUGUGUCAGUGCCAGAGUCUCUACUCUGGCGUAUGUUUUCCCAACAGAAACCAGGAGAGCUGGCUCGGGACAGUAAAGGACGUUUCUUCCUGGACAGGGACGGUUUCCUGUUUCGUUAUAUUUUGGAUUAUCUACGAGAUCUGCAGCUUGUUUUGCCAGAUUAUUUUCCUGAAAGAAGUCGUCUACAAAGAGAAGCAGAACACUUCCAGCUUCCUGAACUAGUGAAACGUCUCAGUCCCCUGCGUAUCAGUAAGGACAGCUCCAUAGGCGGUGAAGAACCACCUUUGCUUCUCACCCCAGCAGCCACUCAAGAUUCUGACCUGGACACUGCCAUCAUUCCUGCCUCAUCUUCUCCUGCAGCGGGGGUGCCCUCCCCAACAUUAGAUCCAUAUCGUUUUAAUGCCUCCUCUUCCUGCAGCCCUGCCUCAGUUCCAAGACUUACUCCUUCCCAGUCCCUUGAAGGCAGAAGAUCUGGAUACAUAACAGUUGGCUAUAGAGGUUCAUACACUAUAGGCCGUGAAGCACAAGCUGAUGCCAAAUUUCGAAGAGUUGCCCGUAUUACUGUUUGUGGCAAAACAUCUCUGGCUAAAGAAGUUUUUGGAGAAACCUUAAAUGAAAGUCGAGAUCCUGAUAGACCCCCAGAGAGGUACACUUCCAGGUACUACCUGAAGUUUAACUUUCUGGAACAAGCUUUCGACAAGUUGUCUGAAUCUGGUUUUCACAUGGUGGCAUGUAGUUCCACUGGUACAUGUGCAUUUGCCAGCAAUGACCAGAGUGAGGACAAAGUGUGGACCAGCUACACUGAAUAUGUCUUCUGCAGAGACUGAAACCUUUUGAGUAAAUUCCAAGAUGCACCUAUGUUAUAUCUUUCCUUCACAAGCCACAAAGAAAGACUCCAACCAAAGGAAGAAAGCAGAACUGAUGCAUUAACUUCUUGUUGAUACAAAUGUACUUUCUAGGCAAGCACAGCAAUCAUAAAUGCUGAAGAUUUGCGCAUUACUAGUUAUGACCUAGGUGUAUUGAAGUAUUCUUAGAACAUUGUUUCUCGGUCAGAGAUCAGCUGUCUCCUUGUAUCAGAGAGGCAGAAAGAAUUUGAAGUAAAAUUUCUUGACUGAUUACUGCUGGAAUUUGUCAGCAAACCAUUAGAUCUUUCAGGUUAGGAAGGUGAGGGGCAGAAAAUACCACACAACUGCUUCAUAUUUUUGUAAGGGGGGGGGGGGGGAGGGAUGCAGGGAAAAGAUAGAGACUGUAGAGAAUGUGUAAGUAUGAAUCUUAUUAAAAAUCAUAUUCUGUAUUUAAUAGUAAAAUAUAAGUGUGUAGUUAUAUGAAAUACACAGAUAACCUCCCAUUACAUUGAAAUGUAAUCAGUUCUUAAAAACUUGUUCUUUUAUCAAGCUAUUUCUUUCUCUUUUAAACCAUUUAUUAAUCCAGCAACUUUUAGUUUUCUACUUUAUCCAUGUACUAACAGCACUGCCUUCAUUAUGAAAGCCAAUGGGGAUUAGAAUUGUAAUGGACCUAAGCUUGGAGGGCAGAAGUAUAUAUUAAGACUUGAUUUAUUAUGUUUUCCUAUUUUUUUUCUAUGUGUUCGAUAAGGCCGUUAGUCAUGGAAAAUACCGUAACUGCAUUUAUUUUAUUUACCAAUGUAUCAGGCUUGUGUGUGUUACUUUUUUAUGUUGCUGGCGGUCGGUUCAGUGUGUUCUAGCUUUAUGAUGCAUUAUUUUCCAACAUUAAUCAAAAUCAUUAAAGGGCUUAUUUACCGAGUACACUGCUGGACUAUCUAAGUAAACAGCCUGCCUGCCAGUAAUACAUUUUCAUAAGGCCUUUGCCCUUAACUGAUCUGAUCCUUGUUGUGCACUUUAUAUGCUCCAUUCACAUUGUGCAUAAAGCCAAUUAGGACGGACAAAGGCACUAUACAGAUCAGGAGCCUGCUGUAUUUGCCACUUUUGUUUCCUGGUUUAUUACAAUAGAUUGAAAAAUGAUAAAUCAUGAUUCUACUAGGCAUCUGCUGUUUUUCUUUUAAUCUGGCGGUUUUCUUAAAGGUAAUAAUGUGAAAAUAAAUCAGUUUCUGUGCAUUCAGGUGCAUAUUAGUGAAGAUGUUGCUGUGGUUUCAUUGCACACAGACAUACACAUGCACACUCUCAGGCAAUGGAGUAGAGAUGAUUUAUAAUCCUUUUACUGCAGCAGCUCUUGAUGCGCAUUGAGCUUGACUUGAUAUGCUCUCUGAUUCCCUGUUGUCUACAGAAGCACAUAGUAUAUUAAUCAGCUAUUACCAGUCAGUAUAUAUAUAUAUAUAUUCAUUAUUUGAUUAAACAGGCAGACAUCAACGGCUUUACCAAAGAUUUUGCUCAUCAUAUUAAUUUAAUUAGUUUUCAUAUUUUUGGCAAUAAAAUAAAACAUUAAACUCGUCCCUUUAUUUCCAGCUGCUGAGCAGUGAAGUUGUAUCACUUUUACGUUAUGUAAUAUGCUGGGCAGGGCGGUCAUGUGACCUCUUUGAAUUCAUUAACUCACUAUAUAUAGUCUCAUUUUUUGUCAGAAUAUGAAAAGUUCAAAGAAGCAAUAAAGAUGAUUUACUCUUUGCAGCUAUUUCAUAAUGUGCAAGUUUGAAUCGUUAUUUUAAGAUUAAGGGAACCAGUAUAAGACAUCAUUUAUAGUAGUACUGCCAAAUAUUUCUUUAGAAUUAACUGCAUAGGAGGAAAUGAUGAAAUGAUCAUAGGCUACAAAGAUGUUUUUGUAUAAUCAUUCACUUGUACGAAGAAGCAUAGUACUGUACUAGGCUAUUAAAAAUUUGCCCCACUUUACUAUGUUAUGGCUUUCUUAACAUGUUUGGAGUUUUAGUUCAUCUCUAUGGCAAAUAGUUGUAGGCCAAAUAUCACUUACCUACAGCAUAUCAAUAUUCUAUUCCCUAUAAUUAUCCCCUUGUAGAAUAUCCAUAAAAGUGGCCAGAGACAUCUAGCUGAUUCAUUGAGAUUUCCUCAAAACAACACCACACGUGUUAAGGGUGUCAGAAGGGGAAGUUCCCCCAGAGAUCAGAAAUUUUGCAACUGAUUUGAAGGAAACCUCAGUGGGGGAGAUUUAUCAAAACUUUUGCCAGAAAAAUUGUGGAUAAGCUACCCAAUUACAACCAAUCAGAUUCCACUUUUAAUCUUUCAAAGCUCCUUUGAAAAAUGAAAGGAUCAUUUUGAUUGGUUGCUAUUGGCAACUAGGCCAGUUUUCCUUUUCACCCGUUUUGAUAAAUCUCCUCCAGUAUGUCCCCCUACAUGGCCAGACCAGUAGGAUCAGACAGACACAAUUUUGUCUAUAGCCACCCCUAGCAAUUUUGUAGAAUUAUGUAAAAUCUAAUAAAGCUACAUUGCUACAUUUUGUAGAAUUAUGUCAAAUCUAAUAAAGCUAUAUUGCUUUGUACAUUGCUUGGUCACCACAUUAGUAACUCAGUUAGGGAGAUUCAUUCUCUGUGUGGACUGCUUCUUGAACAGCAAAGGCAUUAGAGAGCAUAAUAACCUGUAUUUAGAUACACAAAUGUCCAUGUACAUAUAUAUAGAGAAAACAUCUUACAGCAAUCAUUUCGUUUUUUAACCAUAUAUUAGCACAGAAGUAAAAUAACUAGCUUAAAGGACUUGCACAAUAUAUACAUGGAAAAUAGGUACUUAAUGUAUCUCAUUUCUUACUUCAUUUAUAGACCGAAAUGUUAUAAACAGUCUUGGAUGGCAUAAAAUAAUAAUAAUUACUUAUUCUUUGUGUGUAUACCAAUAAAUGUCGCUUUUCCUAUAGCACAAGGAAAUGUCUCAGCUAUCAACCGUGGGGUUAUAGUAUGUUUAAAAAAAAUGGGCCUAAUACAAUAUGUCGAUGCUGACUUUUUUUGUCCUCUUGCUAAUUUUAAUAAAGUACUAAUGUUUAGUAAA